GGUCGCGUUUUUGUUCACGUUAACGAUUAAAAUAUUUAACGGUUUAGCUUUUUACAAAAGUUCAGCUUUUUACCUACAUACAUACAUAUAUGCAUAUAUGUUAUUAUUAAGUUGAAUAUUAAAUCAUUCAAAGUAUAGAGCAACCGAUUGAGAGCAAUGGCUUUCCAUGUCCAGUCUCCAGUCUUUUGAAAGCAGAGCUCAAGUUCGGUCCAACGGCAACCAAAAGCGGAUGUUUCAAAUAAAGCUUUUUCACUUUUUUCUUAAGAAUAAAUGUGUAUAAUGUAUAUAUAGUUUUUGCACUGGUGAUGUUAAAUCCCUAUAUGGCAGUGUCUUAUUUUUCAACAAAAGUUAACACAAAAUAAAAAUUUAAUCUGAUGUGAUGCUUAUUGAUAAAAUUAAGAAACAGUGAAUAUUUGUGAAAUUAAAUAGCUCAGUGAAUGCAAUUGCAUUUUAAACAAAUAAAAUAAAAUGUUUGUGAGAAAGUUAAAAGUCUUAUCGUCAUGCAAAAAGUGUUUUUCUCAGAUAAAUUGAUUUCAUUUAAUGAUGUGCAAAUCCCAGAAAAAGUUUUUUUUUGAUGUUACAUUUCACACAGCCCAGGAUUUAAUAUUGAAGGAUUAUUGAACAAAAGGAACUUACAAAAAAGUAUCUGAAAAUCAGAGAAUUUUUCAAUUCUUUUCUUCCGAACAUGUAAUUUGCCUAACGAAGGCAAUCCGACACGAAAUGUAACCACUGUAGAAGCAGUAAUUGGAAUGAAAUUUAGUAUGUUAUCAACUUCACUUCAUUCGCUGUGAAAUAGAAUGUUUUCGAAGUAAAUCAUUGGGCUGUUGUUUGAAAAAGAAUGAAGCCAAACUAAGAUGUUCCCUUUCACACGUGAUAUUAAGUUAAAAAACAUUGGAUACACGUAGUUUUUCGGCGUUAUCAUGGACAGAUUUUUAUUUUCAAUAUGCUGAAUAGUGUGGACAACAAUUUUGCAGUUUUUAUGGCUGCUUUAUUUAUGCUUAUAAUAAUGUUGGUCAUCCAAGAAUCAAGAACGGCCAAUGAGAUGCUAUUUAUUCGACAUGGAAGGUCCCGGGUUCGUCAUUCCAAUGAAAAAGACCACAUACGCUGGGGAUUACAGGCAUUCGAUAAUCUCACAUUUGAUUACGAUGUCUACGAAAAUGACACAGUUUCUUUUGGUAGUGGGAGUGGAAGCAAUAUGGGACAACUUUUUGGCAGCGAUUUUUGGUAUAAUUCAGAGAGUAAUGGUUCAACAGGAAUUUACAAUCAAUCAAUUCAAGGUUUAAAACAAGAUUUAAAUGUUACAGAAGAUUCUGAUACUGCAAACACACAAAUGUCUUCAACUAUCAUGACACCAACCGAACCAAUAGUCUUGAAGAGAAAGAAAAUUCACAAAAAAAAAAUUAUGGAAAACAUUCGUAAGAAUGUGGAUAAGGGUUUGGAAUACCUUAAGACUCAUCGAAACAUACCUCAACCUUCUGAAAAUAUACAGCAAGUGAUACAAGAGGCGCUUCCACAGAGAAAUACGGGAGCGGCAACAAUAGCGGAUAGUUCUGUUGCGGUUUUAAAAUCUACGAACAAUAUAUUUUUGUCCUAUUCAGUGCCAACACGGUACAAUCAACAACAGUCAUCCACUGUCGCCCAAAAGGAAACAUCAUAUAUAACGACAGAGAAACAUCAUUUGGUUACCUACACUCCAGGUGGCAAGGACAAUGACAAUGACAACGUUGAUAGUCAUGUCGACAGAGAAUCGUUGCCAAGCACUUCAUUACGGGUGGCAGAUAUUCGUGCUGGUAAAAAUAAUGAAGCCGAUUAUGAGUUGAAUGAUGAUAGUAGUGAUAACAGUCAGAUACAGCCACAUACCGGUGACAUGGAACUCAAUCGUUCAGGAAGUACUAACAGUGAUGAAAAGGACCUUAGGCACGUUGUUCUGCAGGAAGCAGAUCCACGUGACGUUAACUUUGGAGAAAUAAAUAUAGACGGAGGUGCAGUGGAAACUGACGAUGAUAAUUUGGGCAGUGAAAUUGAUGCAUUAAAUUUGGACGAGAAUGGAAACAAUUUCAACUUGGACGGUUCAUCUAAAAGUAUGGAAACAAAUAAAUACUUGGAAGAAGUUGGAGAUAGUGCCACCAACGAAGAUGAAUUGUACGAUUGGGAUGAAAUAAGUCGAAAUAACAGGAGGAAUUUAAUGCGUGGCAGAGAUGUCGUUACAAAAUUUUUGCAAAUUGUCGAGACACAACACUCAUUGGGUUCAAAUUGUGAAGCAGGAACUUCAUUAAAUUUGGGGGAAGGAGUUGUAGACCGAUAUGCGCAAGACAGAUUUAGAAUCGAGGCUGAGGUAGCAGUUAAUAGAGCAAACAUGUUGACACGAAUCUUCAAAAUGACAUCACCUUCAGUGCAGGCAUCGGUUAAUCUCUUACAUGCUUCAGUUUUGUCUAUGGUAGAGUUUGAUGAUGACAUAUUUGCAGCUGGAAACUGUUUUGACUGGAAUCAACACCCAUCUCAACAAGGAUUAUUCUGCCCGUUUGCUUAUAGGCUUCCGCCACCAAAUCAAGGCGCAUUAUUUGCAAAGGACUUAGCUACCGAAUAUCAUUACCUUGGAAAUACUUCCGAAUGGUUCUUUUUAGCAAGAAAAAAUGCGAAAAAAGUAAUUGCUCGAAAUGAUCAAUACAUAAAAGCUUUUCACUUAUAUUCAAAUAAAACGGAGGAGCGAAUUGAAGAGGAUACGCUAUCCGUGCAUUAUGAAGAUGGAAGAUGGUCCAAACCAUAUUAUGACUGUGGCGGUGGAAAUAUUUGGAUGUUAACAUACACCGUUCCAUUUUUUGGCUAUGAAAACGGAACAUAUUUUUUCAAGGGGACGUCUGGAAUCGAUAUCGAUUUAAGGCGAGUAGAUAUCGAUCAAUGUCCGCAACGCAACACUCAAGGAGUAUCGCAACCUUUGAACAUCUUUGCAGGUACAGAUAAAUGCAAGCAGCGCACAACAAUGUGUGAAGCACUAAAAGGACUGGGAUUCAGGCGGGGCUCGUAUAAAUGCGUAUGUCGAAAAGGGUUCUAUUUCCCGGACACUAUGUCAAUGCACAAAUUCUUCAAUGGCAGUAUUUUGGAAGAAGAAUAUGAAAAGCUUAUGUUGGGAAAGAAUUCAACUUACAAUAAUGUUCAGGAAUAUGAAUGUCUACCCUGCGCAGAGGGGUGUGAUUCAUGCGAAGACAACUCUCCAUGCAUAGCUGCUUUAAACUGGCCUAUGAGGACCAGUAUAUUGGUUUUAGCGUGUGCUAUCAUUGGAUUAUUACCGCCUGCUGCGUGGUUUACAUUUCGAUACCAACAGGUUAAGGUCGUUAGAGCUGCAAGUCCUGCACUUUUAAGAGUAAUAGCUAUGGGUGCAUUUUGUAUUUAUUGUACAACAAUUGUAAUGUAUCCCAAUCCCUCUUUGUAUACCUGUACAGCAAGGAUAUGGCUGCGCGAAAUUGGAUUUUCUCUCACUUAUGGCGCACUCAUGCUUAAAACUUGGCGGAUUUCUGUCAUCUUUCGCGUUCGAUCAGCAAAAGCAGUCAAAAUUACGGAUGCAGCCCUUUUAAGGCGACUAGGCGUAAUUUGUGCAAUUAUUGGAAUUUGCUUACUUGUUAGAACUUUAGUGUCACCACCAAUUGUUGUUGUCAAAAGAACAGCUGAUGAUUUAAAAGCAUUUUUAUGUAAAACUGACUGGUGGGAUUACACAUUUACAUCAAUGGAGGUCUUGUUUCUUGCCUGGGGAGUACGACUAUGUAUUAUGGUUAGAAAAGCACCAUCAGAAUUCAACGAGAGUCGUUUUAUUUCGAUGGCGAUCUAUAACGAAUUUCUGCUCACAUGCUUUUUGAACGUUUCUAUGUUAUUUUUGCAGUCACCAGCAAAUUCCGAUCUUUUGUAUAUAAUAUUCUUUAGUCAUACUCAAUUAACAGUAACGCUUCUUUUGGGAUUGAUAUUUGGCAGCAAAGUCUACAUUGUUUUACGAAGUGGAAAAGCUCAUUUAGAAGCAAUCGGAAUGGGUGCUAAAUCAUCUGGGGCAAAGUUUAACUUUCGACCACAGUUACGAACAUUUGGCAAUCCUAGUUCGGCAACAACCUCAACAGCACAGAUAGAAACAAAACUAUCUGAUCAGGAAGCUUUAGAAGAAAUUCGUCUUCUGAGUUUGCAACUACAACGUAUACAAGAAAUGGCACCGUCAAAGGGUGUUGCAGUUACAACAAUAUCACAUCUGCUAGAAAACUUAAAAUUAUAUUCGAGCAACACAUUACAAUCAUCAACAACGAAAUUGCAACAUCAAACUUCCCAUAUCUCAAUAUUUUCGUUAAACAAGGAAGUCGAUAAAUAUCAACAAAAUAAUAAUACUACAAUAUUACCCAUAACAAAUAUAACUCAAGAUUCUCAAGCACUUCCAACUAUACAAGUUGCUGCAAAGUCGGUCAACACAUCAAUGACUGGUGAGGAAUAUUUGCAAAGCUUACUGCAGUUGAAUACAAGUAUCAAAUGUAAUAGUUGCAAACAAUUAGAAAAACGAAGCGCAAUAACUCUAUCGUGCCAACAAUUAGGAUCUCCACAGCCAGAGGGCAGUAUAAGCUUUUCUAAUAUUAAAUUGGACUGCAUGUGUUCACAACCAAGCAAUUUAGAUAAUAUAUUAUGCGAAAAUGUUGAACGCAUUACGUUGGAACAAUAUUUAUCGAAAACAAACACGUCUUGUUGUAAAAAGCAGGGAUUGAAAACUAGAACUAGAAAACCAACCACCCUAGGACAAGCAAAAACAAGCUCCUCUGUUAAAAUUAAGAAAAAACACAAAUUUGUAGGGGAUAAUAUUUCAAACAAUAUCAAUUGUGAUAGUUAUAAAAAAAGUGAACACUUUUUAAUAUGUGAUAAUUGUAGAAAUAAAUUAAGUAGAAGUUUGAAAAAAAUUUCUUCAUCAUGUGGUCCCAGCGAAGGGAAGUCAAUAAAGCAUCGAAGCAACGAAUUACUAGAAAAAUCCGUAUUGGAAACAACACCGGUAAUAGGUGACAAUAUAAGCAGUAGUUCUAGUACAAUAGAAAGCUGUGCUGCAUCGCAGUCAUUCAGUGUUAACAACAUAGACCAAAUUCUCAAAAAAAAUCACUCAACUGAAGAUGUAACAUUCUAUACUACCGAUGACGAGACUGGUGGGAGUACAAAUGGUGAUCUUACUAAAGUUACACCCAAUACGUUACUUUGCAAAAAAGAAAAAACAAGAUCCACCUCAUCGGCAAGUAUUUUGCCUGCACUCUUUUCGGAUACCAAUGGAAGCCAGAGCAACGAAUCAUAUGCCUCCAACGGUGCUAAGAAAAGUACUGACACUCGAGUUCCACACCGACCUGAUAAGUUACUUUUAGAUUUAAAUGAUCGUUCCAAAUACACAAAAGAAGUUUCAGUAUAGUAAAUAUUAAUAAGUUUAUAUUGAUGUAUAUAAUAAGUUUCUUUUAUAAACAAGACCACCAAACGAGAUCCAUGUCUAUAUACAUAAGAACCAAAUAUUUUUUAAUGAUAAUAGAUAACAUAUUAAAGAAAACUUCCUGUAACUAGCCUAAGGUAUUUUGUAAAGACCCUAGUUAAAAUUUAAAACACUCGCUCCACCGGUCACAUAACACUAAACAAACCCUUUACUUUAGUUUAUGUAUAUAUACAGUAUAAUACAUUGAGCCCCGUGUACAUGUUUGUGAUCGUUGGAAUGAUAGUGUUUUCAAAUAAUUAUUAAUAGUAUUGCAUACAAUUAAGCAUAUCUUUAGAUUUAUAAUACGUACCUAUCUAUUUAAAACCAUAAAAAUAGUUUAUAAUGCCAGAAACGUUGUUUCUUUUUUGUGUAAGGAGAAUGUGUUUCCAUAUUAUUGUUGAAUAAAGGGUUUAAUUGUUA